CUUUCUCCAUCUGUACUCUACAACCUUUUUCUCUCGUGUAUAUUUCUAUCGUAACCAAGAAGCAGACGCAGGGCCGGUCCGAGAUUAGCAACUCUACACCAACUCUAAAGCUACACGGUUCUAUUUAUAUACUUCCACACCCGCCCACCUUCUCGGUCCAUGAGUAUUUCUUGAAGGAGCUCCUUGGGUCGCCCACAUCAACAAUUUCUAGUGCACUAUUCCACAAAAAAGUAUGGCUGCAGCAUCGGGAAAGUCGACUUCCGAGUCGCCCACCGGGAAAUCACCGCAUCUCCGCCACCGCCGUGCCUCGGCACAAAAGCUCGCUGCUAGUGCUGUUGGCAGCGACGACGACACCCAGGUCACCGAGUACGAGAUGCCCGCGGUCCAGUACAAGCCGUUUAUGGGCCCCGCCCACCCCAAGUACACAACCACCAUCGACGAGACGCCGGCCUUUCUGCGCGACACCUACAUUCUGUCCGGGUAUCGGCAUCUCACAUACUCGUACCGCAUGUGCUUCCACUCGCUCACGUACCUGCACAACGAGACCGGCAAUGUCCUGACGCACUUUUUCGCGCUGGUGUUCUUCAUCGGCCUGAUCAUCAGCACAAACUACAACCUGCUGCCGCAGGGACUGUCGCCGGGCCGGUCGUCGUGGGGCGACUACGUAGUCUUCUACGGCUACCUGCUGAGCGCCUGCGUGUGCUUCCUGCUGUCGUCCAUGUUCCACCUGUUUUCGUGCCACUCACACUCGCACCACGUUGCCUGGCUCAAGUGCGACUUUGUCGGGAUCCUGUUCCUGAUCCUCGGCUCGCUCCUGCCCGGCCUCUACUACGGCUACUACGAGUCCCGCGGCAUGAUGUGGACAUACAUGGCCAUGAGCUUCACGCUGUUCCUUGUCGGCAUCGUGAUCAGCGUCUCGCCGCAUCUGCAGAAGCCCAGCCUGCGCUGGCUGCGUCCUGUCGUGUUCUUCUCCAUCUCGCUGUCGGGCGCCUUCCCCGUCACCCACCAUGUCAUUGCCCACGGCGUGGCCAUGUCAGCAAAGUCGAUGGGCUUUUACUACACCAUGGGCAUGUUCGCCCUGUACGUUGCAGGCACGCUGCUGUACGCCUUCAACAUCCCUGAGCGCUGGUUCCCGGGGAAGUUCGACAUCAUUGGGAACUCGCACCAGCUCUUCCACAUGCUGGUGUUCUUUGCAGCCCUGACGCACUUUUACGGUAUCGUGCAGGCCUUCAAGUGGCACCACAGCGCCCAGGCCUUCAGCUAGACACCCCCAAUCCACACCCAUGUGUACUAUACACACUCUAUAAAUCCUUUCCUUACUCACUAAUUCUAAUAUACCCCCGUAGC